AUGCGUGCAGAAUGCGCCUCCUCGAGGCAUUGGAGUGCAUGCGGCUGUGAAAAUGGCCAAGACCGCGAGGACAGCGGGAGCAGGAUUUGCCUCUGUGCUGCCUCACCGCAGACAAUGCAGCGCGUCCCUUUGACCAACCGUAAUCGGUCUCCCAAUAGUCCUGAGACCCCAAAAGACGAAGAUUUUACCAAUCAUGUGCCCUCCGACUCCUCCCAAAUGGACAUCCUAAAGGGCUGCAAGGUCCCCAACAGGUAUCCGCCGAACCCACAGACUAAAAGACAUGAUUUCUGCUCGCCGGGAUUGCGCUCUAGGUCCCACUUUCCCUCCAGUCGAUUCCUCUACCUAUGGUCUGGUUGGAUAAGUCUCGUCAGCUUGUACAAUGUGUGGAUUAUCAUCUACAGGUAUGCCUUUGACGAGCUACACCGAAGCACAAUCAAAGUGUGGUUUCCGCUGGACUAUACCGCUGAUGUCUUCUACAUACUGGACAUUCUCCUGGGUCUACGGACACCGUUCCUGCAGGACGGUAUGCUUCAGCGAGAUCCCCAAAAGACCCGAAAACACUACAUGAAUUCCACGCGUUUCUACAUUGAUUGUCUGUGCCUGCUACCGCUCGACUUUUUGUACCUUUCCAUAGGAUUCAACUCGCUGGUUCGAAUAUUUCGCACAGUAAAGUGUUACCGCAUCUGGGAUUUUGUAUAUAGGGCUGAGCGAAUUGUCAGACGAUCGAGUUUACUGCACGUCUCUUCGUGGGUACUAUUCAACCUUCUUUUUAUACACUGGAAUGCCUGUCUUUAUCGGUGCAUAAUGAAGGCUUUUGGUGUGCAAAUAGACCUACGAGGGGGCUCAACCGGGUACCCGACCCAGCAUGGAGAGGGUACGGGUGUAUCCUUAAAUGACACAGUGAGUGCACAACAGUGCGCCUUUGCUAGUUACUUGCAUUCCCUCUUUUGGAGUCUGCGUUGUAUGGCCAUGCUUCACCCGCUGCCUGCAAAUGGCGACUUCAGCGACUUCCUUUAUGGUUACUUUGUCCUCGAGGCCCUGAUCGGUAUUCUCCUGCUUGCGCUUCUUUACGGAAAAUUGAACAAUGCGAUUGGGAACUACGACGCGACUCAGAACGAAUUUCAGGGUAAGUGCCGCCCAGAUUUUACGAUGAAGCUUAGCUUAGCGUUUACUCAGUAA